ACUCAUCAGAUUUUGUGAAAGAUUUAAGGAAGAUGACUGGGACAUUGGCUCACCUCACUCUAGCAUUUGGCCUUCUUGGCAAUGUCGUCUCGUUUAUGGUAUUUCUUGCACCAAUACCAACGUUUUAUAAGGUUUACAAAAAGAAAUCGACAGAAGGGUUUCAAUCAGCGCCUUAUGUUGUGGGCUUAUUCAGCGCGAUGCUUUGGAUAUACUAUGCAUUUCUCAAGACCAAUGUCUUGCUUCUCAUUACCAUUAACUCAGUGGGUUGCUUCAUUGAGACCUUGUACAUUUGUUUCUUUCUUUUCUACGCGCCAAAGAAAGCUAGGAUGGAGAGUUUGAAGCUCAUUGUAUUGCUAAUAGUUGUUGGCUUCGGAUUGAUUGUUGUCUUGACUCAAUUUCUUGCAAGUGGAGUUACCCGCGGUGUGAUAGUUGGAUGGAUUUGCCUUGUGUUUUCUUUAUGUGUUUUUGUAGCACCUUUGGGAGUUCUGCGACAAGUGAUUAAAACAAAAAGCGUAGAAUACAUGCCAGUUCUAUUGUCGGUAGCCCUUACCCUCAGUGCCGUUAUGUGGUUCUUUUAUGGUCUGCUUCUGGGUGACUUUAAUAUUGCGAUUCCAAAUGUACUUGGAUUCAUCUUCGGUAUUAUUCAAAUGAUACUAUACGUCAUAUACAAGAACAAGAAGCCCGUUGCCAACGAACAAGCAACAGAAGUUGAAGCCAAAAAAUAUCCAAUCAGAGAAAUGGAGGAGAAAAAGAUCCCAAAAGUAACAUACCACAAAACAAUAGAUGUUAUGAAGCUAAAUGCUUUGAUGUGUUCCGAUGCUCUUCCUGUGGUAACCAGACUCGAUGAAAACGGACAUGAUGCCACUCAAGUAGCCAUUGAACCACAAGCUCACCCAAAUGUGCCAAAUCACAACAUUGAUGUCGCAGCAUAAGAUUGAUGUGUAUGACUUUUCAUUUUUAUUUGGUAAAAAUAUUAGAUGUGGGUCAGUUCUCAUCAUUUGUAUUCAUGGUGUAUCAAGUCAAAUAGAACAUGGUAUUUUUAUGUU